UCCAAAGAGAUGGAACACAGAAGUGGUUCCCAGCUUCUCCUUUCCUUUAUACUUCUCUGCAUCCUGUGCUCACGAGCUCUUGCUUUACCUCCUCUGGAAGCAUACCCAGCUAAGAGAAACACAAGACAUGCUGAUGGAAUCUUCACAAAUGACUACAGCAGACUUUUGAGUCAGCUCUCUGCACAAAGAUAUCUGGAAUCACUUAUUGGAAAAAGAGUUGGAAAUAGCAUUCCUUUUGAUGAAGAAGACGAAGAAGAAGAGUUGCCUGUCAAGCGCCAGUCAGACGCUCUCUUCACUGACAACUAUAUCCGCCAUCGAAACCAAAUAGCUGCAAUGAAAUAUUUGGAAUCUAUUUUUGCGGGGAAAAGUAAGGACGAUCUAAACCCCACCAGCCUUCAGGAUGAAAUAGGUUUGCUUGAACCUGCAUUCUUGAAAAACUAUGAUGGUGUCACUCUAGAUGAUCUUCUGAACCAACCCCCAUUAGCAAGUUAA